AUGAGAAGGUGCUUGCGCUCCGGCCAGCUUCUGCAAGUUGGUCGUGUACCAUCCCUGCUACAUUCGCCUGUCAUUUCACUUCUGGGUCAUCGAUACAAACACCGCUUCGUCUCGACAGCGGAACGGAGAACGCUUACCGACGAUGAAUACCGGUUUCUCUACUCCUACAAUGGGCCUCCAUCCGUUCCUCUCGACCCGUCACAGAAAUCAGUCCAUGAGAAUUGGAUACCUAUAUUGCAGAAAUGUGCUAUAGUGCGGCCUCCGAAACCUCAAACCCAUACAAUCCAUAUCGAGUCCAAAGAGAAAGUGAAACCGCUCGUCGAGUAUGAAAAGGAACUUCGCAGGUCCCAUGCGCUGAUGGGAUAUUUGUGGUUGGCGAGAACAAACUUCGAACUAGACUUACUGGGAUAUCUUGGUUUUGAACUUCAGCAGUGGUCUGCAGUACACGGAUAUUUGGGUCAACUCGUGGAUGCGUUCGAAACUCUGACUCCAUACAUGGCCUCGAAAAAUGCAUUCGAGGGCUUCGAUUGGAAUGUUAGCGAAUUGUCUCUGGAUGAGCUCACCACCAGAGAUUUUCAAAGGCCUUCUCAAUCAAUGAGGCCCCUUUCACCAACUGACAUUGUACCCCUGGACCUUCUAACUGAACGGCCAAUUGCGCGGGAUUUGGGGGAUCGCUUUCUAGGCGAAGUCCUUCUGAAUCUUGGCCUGAUCGUACUGAGGGCAGCCGACUCGUCCAGACAAGAUUCGAAUUUGGCUAUGUCUCUGACUUUCCGAAUCCUUGCGCGCUUGCACCACCUUGGCUUGAUCUCCGACCGAGUGUACCAAUAUCCGAGAAAUGAUCCAAGUCAGGUAUCGUUCAGACCUCCUGGUCUAAACUUGCUAUCAAGCCAUAUCAUGAGCGUUUUGUCGGAUGCUGCUUGGCUUGAGCAUGAGGCUGCUUUGGCAAUGGCCGCUAAAGAAGCUGGGGAAGAACCCCCUUUCAUUCCUUUCAAAGUGGGCGUUCGUGAGCUCGGUCCAGAGGUGUGGUUUGAGCUCAUUCUUUGGUGUUGUGUUGAGCAUGGAUUUUCGAAGCAAGGUGCCUUGCUUCUCAGAGAAAUGAAACAGCGGACCGGAGACCAGGCUUGGAAGAUUGAGAGUUGGUCACCCCUUAUCCGAGAUCUUGAUGCUGUACAAGAGACCAACAUCAGCGUCGAAUCUCUUUGGCGUCGUCCUGGUGAUCCUUAUCCGCCAAAAUUACCCAAACGCACAGCAAAGCCCCCUUUCCAUGGUCUCGGCAAAAGGACUAUCAGUGCAGAAGUAGUCGCCAAUUUACGCAGUGGCUUGGUUAACAAGGCAUACAAUGGCGUCGGCUUUCAUGGUGCAACUCCAUCCGACAUUCUGCAAGCUUCUGCACCAUUGAACGAGUUGCUUGAACCUACCACUGCCCCGGAUGAUCUUCUACCAACGAACAAGGCCAUGAACUGGCAUCUGAUCAGGGUUCUCGAAUCAGGAUGCUUGCAACCUCACGAGGACCCUACUCUCUUCGAACGCCUGUUGCGGUCCACACAGCAUGUCGUUCCGCCUUGGGCAGGGUAUGGCGGGGCAUCUGAUCAAAAGUUGGGUGAAAUGACAAGGGCGCAACUUUAUGAUGAAACUGCCGCGAUAGCUGGGCUGGUAGAACACAACAUAAAAGCUUACGCUUACAAACGCCAGGCUAGCCGUGCGUUUUAUCAGUAUGCGUGGUUACAAAACAUUGUCGACGCGAGCAAGGCCUAUCACAUCCGAGCGUUUUUUGAACAUCUCAGUCUUUCAACCUCGGAGAAACUCCCAUUUUUCGACUCUCGACGAUUCGAUGCGCACGAGCGUGACACGUCAUCCUUGCCCCAGGUGUCGAAUGUUACAUUGGCAGAACUUCUGGAUCUGGCUGCUGCAAACCGAGCCUACGAUUUUGGCAAUUGGCUACUGUUCAAUGAUGGCAUUGAUGGGCCCGCAAUCCCUUCGUCCGUCUACGGGGAUCAGGUCAUCGCGCCCUCGAUUCUUCGUUUUGCCUCUGCCUCACAAAAUACCACGCUUUGCGAAAAGGUCAUCUCAUCCCUCAGUAUGCCACUUUCGGUCAACAUGCUCAAGGCUUUGGUCAAUUCAUAUAUUGACAUGGAAAAUUGGGAUCGCGCCAUUGUCACAUUGGAGUAUCUUCGUGACUAUAGAUUAAAGUCGUGGGGGUUCAGCAAUCUUACUGCCCUGGCAGCGAAAAUCAUUCGACUAGAUGCUUUUAUCAGUCAUAAAAAGACCAAGGGAGCAUCUGCGGACGAAGCACUUGUCCGAAGCCUGGAACGUGCAAACGAUCUCUUUCUCCGGUUCUAUCGCAUGGAAUUCAACACACCUCCCAGUAGAAAUCGCCGCGUCACUGUGUUUCAACAGAACGUUCUCGUGCGACUCCUCUCCGUUUUCCGAACACUUCCCGGUCAUAUAUCCCAACUCGCCAAACAGGCCGAUCUCAAAGUGCCUCCGCCGAGCCAUUUGAAGCUCAAAUACAUCCCCGCCGUCUCCUUUCACAGUAUUCUGGCUGCCGUGGUGGACACGCACGGUAGUACAUUUGGUUUGAAGAUGUGGUUCAGAUGGUGUAUCCAUCGUCCACCGCCGGACCGUGUUCGUCAGCGUGAGGGUGGUCUUAUUCGCUUACCUGCUCGCAAGGAACUGACGUGGCUUCAAGGUGACCCAACUUUUAGCCCGUCGUGGCUCGAACAUACACAAAAACGAGCCGUCAUACCCAACUACAACACCAUCCGCAUCAUCGCGCACGCCGCAAUGCGUGAAUUCGAAAUGGAACAACAUCCAGAGAAAAUCGAAAGCGACCCGAUACACUCAUCCUUCCCUGUUCCUCAACACCAGGAACUCCCCUUCUUUGCGCGGGGUCGUGUAUACAAACCACUCAUCUCCCGCUUGGAAUUCAACGGCCUCCCUGUCAGUGGCGGCAAACCCCCGGAAACGCCCGCCGAGGCCUCCCUCGACUUUGCAGUAUGGAUGUUCCUUCGAAAGGGCAUGAGUCAGGACCAGAUCGACCAAGAAAUCCCAGGCUACAUAGCCCGGAUGCGGAAUCGCGGGGUCUUUCACAACCCUGACAAGCGAUUACGAGAUCGCAUUUGCGAGAUCCAGCAGGAUCCAUUCAUGAAGUCGGGUCCAUCAUGGAAAGUGAGCCGUUGGAAGCGGCAGCCUGGGAACGGGGACACUACAAAGGAGCUCAAGAAAACCCCGAAUCCUUGA